CACUGAACCGUUCGCCAGCUCCCCCCUCUUUGUAUAUUUUGAAAGGGUCCCCCUUCCUCUCCCCUCCCCGGCCUCCUGAAGCGGCUUCCAAAUGAGAAGCAGCCUUUUAUACACGGCCCUGCCCCAGCCGCCGUCCCCCAGCGGCUUCUCCGCUUACAGAAUAGAGCAGAAAGCCCCUUUGUGAUGGGCGGGGGGUGGCGGGGGGGCGAGGGGCCCCGGCGGGCACUGCCUGGGUCACCCCCAUACGGACACGGGGACGUGGGGACAGCUCGUGUGUCACCCUGACACAGACACGGGGACACCUCCUGUGUUACCCCGACACGGACAUGGGGACACUUCAUGUGUCACCCCGACAUGGACAAGGGGACACCCCUUGUGUUACUGCAGUGCAGACGCAGGGACACGAGGACUCCUCAUUUGUCACCCUGACAUGGACAUGGGGACACCUGGUGUGUCACCCUAACACGGACGUGAGGACAUUUAGCGUGUCACCCCAACGUGGAUGUGGGGACACAGAGAUGCCUCAUGUCACCCCAGUGUGGAUGUGGGGACACAGGGAUGCCUCAUGUCACCCCAAUAUGGACAUGGGGCACCCUGACUCAGGCAUAAGGAGACCUCCUGUGUCACCUUGCCAUGGACAUGGGGACAGCUCACUUGUCACCCCGACAUGGACAGGGGGACACCUUUUGUGUUACCCCAAUAUAGACAUGGGGACACAUCCUGUGUCACUCUGACACGGACAAGGGGACACAUCCUGUGUCACCUCCACAUGGACAUGGGGACACCUGUGUCACCCUGACAUGGAUGCAGAGACAGCUCGUGUGUCAUGCCAACAUGGAUGUGGGGACACAGGGAUGCCUCAUGUCUCCCCAUACCUGCAGAUGAAGUGGCCACUGCUGGAUGUGCCGGCCGGGGCCACGCUGAAGGACAGCCGCUCACCAUCACCUGCACACUUGUCCAACAAGGUCCCAGUGGUGCAGCACGCACCCCACAUGCACCCGCUGACGCCGCUCAUCACCUACAGCAACGACCACUUCUCACCCGGCUCACCACCCGCGCACCUCUCGCCUGACAUCGACCCCAAAACGGGGAUCCCGCGCCCGCCGCACCCACCCGAGCUGCCCCCCUACUACCCGCUGUCGCCAGGAGCCGUGGGCCAAAUCCCGCACCCUCUGGGCUGGCUCGUGCCGCAGCAAGGACAGCCCGUGUACUCCAUACCCCCUGGCGGCUUUCGGCACCCCUACCCUGCCCUCGCCAUGAACGCCUCCAUGUCCAGCCUGAUGUCCAGCCGCUUCUCCCCGCACAUGGUCCCACCACCCACCCACGGGCUGCACCCCUCGGGCAUCCCGCACCCCACCAUCGUCUCGCCCAUCGUGAAGCAGGAGCCGGCGCAGCCCAGCGCCAGCCCCGGCAGCACCUCGAAAUCCCCCAUCACAGUGAAGAAGGAGGAAGAGAAGAAGCCCCACAUCAAGAAGCCGCUCAACGCUUUCAUGUUGUACAUGAAGGAGAUGAGGGCCAAGGUGGUGGCCGAGUGCACGCUGAAGGAGAGCGCGGCCAUCAACCAGAUCCUGGGCCGGCGGUGGCACUCCCUGUCGCGCGAGGAGCAGGCCAAGUACUACGAGCUGGCACGGAAGGAGCGGCAGCUGCACUCGCAGCUCUACCCCACGUGGUCGGCCCGCGACAACUAUGGCAAGAAAAAGAAGAGGAAGCGAGAGAAGCUGGCCCAGCAGCAAAGCCAUGAAGCAGAGAGCGCGCUGCCCUCCAGGAGCAAGAAGCCGUGCGCCCCGCACCACCUGCCUCCCGACAAGCCCUGCGACAGCCCGGCCUCGUCCCACGGCAGCAUGCUGGAUUCGCCUGCCACGCCGUCAGCCGCCCUGGCCUCCCCGGCUGCGCCCGCCGCCACGCACUCGGAGCAGGCGCAGCCGCUGUCGCUCACCACCAAGCCAGAGGCCAGGGCUCAGCUCGCCUUCCUCUCCAGCAAAACCUCCUCCUCCUCCUCCUCCUCCUCCUCCUCUUCCUCCUCCCUGGGCUCCCCCCCGUCGCUGCUGCCCAGGCCCAUUGCCUUCCCCUCGCUGCUGCUCGCCUCGCCGCCCGCCCCGCAGCAGACACAGCCGCUCGCGCUGGUCACCAAGCCGGCCGACUGAGGGGGGGCGGGUUGAGCCCCCCGCCCGCUGUGCAUCGCAGACGCCACAAUCACGACUCCCAACGCAGCCAAACCAUUAUUGGUCAAUAUUUGACCCUUUCUGAACUGUUUUUUUUUUUUUUUUUUUUUGUCUUUUGGGAAGCAGACUCCGGAGGAAGAGGUGCUUUCCCUUACCAGCAGUCGACCUAAAGACU